AUGGGCGGCAAGAUCAACGACAUCAGCGACGAGGCCAAGGCUCUCGGAGAGAAGAACAAAGAGCACUUCGACCAAGUCGCCGCUGAAGUGUUUAAGCACCCAUGGAUUCAGCGGUUGUGUAAUCAGAUAUCUGACGAGUUACGCCAGAACCUGGACUGGAUCGGCAUCACUGAGAGACCUGACGGUCUGAAGAUGCUUGAUUAUGCCUGUGGUAACGGCGUCGCUUCUCGGGCGCUCGCUCCAUAUGUCUCCACCGUCCGUGGCAUUGACAUCUCGUCCAAGAUGGUUGAGCAAUACAACAUGCUUACAGAAGCUGCUGGAUUCAAUCAAGAGAAAAUGAGAGCCAUACACGGGGACCUGAUGGAUCCGGAAGCAUCGCCCUCUUCCGAGCUUGACACUCCAGAGUUUAACGACUUUGACCUCAUCGUCAUGUGCAUGGCUCUCCAUCACGUACAGGACUAUACAGCUAUGAUUCAGAAACUGAGCGAAAGGCUCUGUCCCGGUGGUGUGCUUCUCAUCAUCGACUUGGUUGCCUCGUCAGAGAGUGGUUGCCCCGAAGCCACCAUGGCUAAAAAUUUGUCUAACCAUACCAUGUCCAAAAUGGGGUUUACUGAGAUGGAGGUCAAAACUGCAUUUGAGAAAGCCGGCCUGGAGGGUUGGUCUUGGAGAUGGUGCUCUGAAAGAUCCCAAGUCCCUGAAGAGAUAGGUGGUGAACAGCAAGGCUUUUUCGCCCGAGGCUCCAAGAGUGUUCGGGAUAGUGAGAUUAAGAACGGCUAA